UCAGAAAUCUGCUCUUUAUCAGACAGACAAACGUCAUGGGAUUUGUUCUCAUCUUCUGGAUGAUCAGUUUGCUGCCCGUCGCAGAUCAAGGAUGAAGAUGAUGUCCAGCAUCCUGCUGCUCCUCAUCCUCAGCUCAUGUCUCUGUGCAGCAACAUUUGUAGUGAAUGUGACACAGAGCAGCUAUCAGGCAGAGGAGAAGCAGAACAUCACUCUGGAGUGGACCUUCACCACCAAGACUCAGGGAACCUGGAAGAAUCUGUUCAUUAUCUGCAGCUUGGUGAGACCUGAUGAAGAACUAGUUCUCUAUCGGGUCCGUGAAGGAGUUGAGAUUCCAGAGUCUCAGGAUAAACAGUUUUCAGGACGAGUCCAGAGCAACAAAGACGUCCUCAAAGAAGGACGAAUCAGACUCCAUGUGUCCAGACUGAGGACUGAAGACUCUGGUCUGUAUCAGUGUGACGUGAAAACUGAAGAUGGAUUCAACAAUGCAGAUUGUCGACUCAACGUCUUUGUUCCAGUGAAGGUUGUUGGUCAUGAUCCGAUACAUGCAAAGGUUGGAGACGACGUUAUUCUGCCAUGUCAUCUGAAGCCUCCAUUUGAUGUGAAAAAUCUUGCAAUCGAAUGGAAAUUCGAGGGUCAAAUAAUACAUGUGCAUCGCAGCGGAGUUAAAGAUAAUGCAGCUUCAAAUAAAACACACAUUAACCGAACCUUCAUGUUCCCUGAGGAGUUUGAAAAAGGCAACAUUUCCCUCAAAUUGACCAAAGUAACCCAGGAGGAUGGAGGGAAUUAUAUUUGCUUUGUUCCCGACCUGCAAAGUCAAGUCAAUCAGGGAAACGUUACUCUAAUACUUGAUGAAAAUGGACCUCAAGGCAGCUUGACUGAUACUAGAGGUAAAUAUGUUUAACUAGGUAACCAGUGGUUUCUGGCCCUCUGACUCAGUUUCAGA